GCGCUUUUUUUGUUUGUUUGUUUCCAAUGAGAACGUUAAUCUUCAGGCUGGAAGACACAGAAGAAAUACAUCCCAAGGAGGAACUGUCCAGAACCUGGGAGGCCAGACAUGGCAAGGACGGGUCAGCCACUGGGCAUAUGUUCUCUGGGCCUCCACAAACUGUCUUCCGUUUUGCCAGAUGGGAGUUGCAAGAAAAGCAGGGAGGGAGAAAAGGUCAUCGUUUUCCAAGAAGCGGAAGAAGCUGGACAGCGGAAAACGCAACGACCGCUUGGCUGUGACUGCUGGCUGUGGGCAAGGGUGUUCACAGGCCUCUGCUGAGCCAGCGUGGAGAUGCUUGGCGGGAAAGGUGCUGCGUAGCCACCAAACCAGCCCCUUCCCUCUCUCCGACCUACCGAAGCAGCCGGGCAGAUCCUGCACAGACUCCCGCAGAUGCUACGGAGGGACACCGGCCACUGAGCGGACGUUUUCACGGGACCAGCAAGCCCAGUCCUGGCCAACAGAGACGCCCCCAGGACACCGCCCCCUCCCGCCGGCUGAUGCCUUUAUCAGAAUGACGCGUUCCCUGAUGUCACAGUGCUGACCUGUUAGGCGACAGAUUUAAGAGUUGGAAAGGUUUGGGUUGGCUAAAUGAUGGAAGGAAACCAAAACAAUGACAUUUAACUGGGGCAAAGAUAAAUCUUGUCUUCAGAUUAAAAAAAAAAUCAAUUAGCUCAGUACAGGAUGGAGAAGACCUAACAGCGGUUCAUUUGAAAAGACUGAUGGGUUUAUAAUUGACCGGAAGUUCAAUAGGAGCCAACAGCAUACAUCCUGGUGGCUCAGAAAAACAAAUCAAUGGAAACUUCAGUUGCAUCAACAGAAUCGUAAUGUCCCAGUAUUUUUUUUUUAAAAGGUUUAUUUAUUUAUUUGAAAAGCAGAGUGACAUAAGAGGGAGAGACGCACUAAGAGAGAAAUCUUCCAUCUGCCAGUUCACUCCCCAAAUGCCCACCACAGCUAGGGCUGGGCCAGGCCAAAGACAGAAGCCAGGAGUUCCAUCUGGGCUCCUGCACGGUGGCAGGGACCCAAGCACUUGUGAGCCGUCUUUGCUGCCUCCCAGGCACAUUGGCAGGAAGCUGGAUUGGAAAUGGAGCAGCGGGCUCUCAAAGCAGGGAUGCUGGUGUUCCGAGUGGCGGCUUAACCUGCUGUUCCACAACUCUGGCCCCAGUGCCCCAGCUGUGAACAGGAAGUCCAGCCCAGAGCCCUGUGAUGUUACUGAUGGUGUUUUUUUUUUUUUUUUUUUUUUUUUUUUUUUUGCCAGGCAGAGUUAGUGAGAGACAAAGAGACAGAGAGAAAGGUCUUCCUUCUGUUGGUUCACUCCCCUAAUGGCUGCCAUGGCCAGCGCUACACCGAUCUGAAGCCAGGAGCCGGGUACUUCUCCUGGUCUCCCAUGCGGGUGCAGGGCCCAAGCACUUGGGCCAUCCUCCACUGCACUCCCGGGCCACAGCAGAGAGCUGGACUGGAAGAGGAGCAACCGGGACUAGUACCCAGCACCCCAACUGGGACUAGAACCAGGGUUGCCAGCGCCACAGGCGGAGGAUUAGCCAAGUGAGCCACAGCGCUGGCCACUGAUGGUGUUCUGGGUACCGGGGUUUAGAAGAGGAUCUGGUUGGGUGGGAUGGGCAUCUCUGCAGACCAGGGUCCAGAAACUGACACAUGAUGGGGAGGAACUGCAGAAGUCACCCAUGGGAGACGAGGGCUCCCUUCCAAGUGUGUGUGAAUGGCAGCCGAUUUCAUGCAGAGGGUUCCCCCCGUUACCCAUUCAUCAUCACCCCUGCCAACCACGAGCAACCUUGUGCCCAGUGUGAUUGCGCUUAGAGACACAGAGUCUCCAGGGAGGGCUGGACACGCAUACAAGGCAAGGCAUGGGGACGUGAGACACGGGAGGGGUGCAGAGCACCUGCAGGGGCCGCAGGAGGCCUUGCCGAUGCAGCAGCCUCUGUGCUGGGACUGGGGAGCAGCCCUGGCCGGAGACCAAGGUGCCCACGUGUACGGUGUGUCUGAGCCACAAGCGGGGGUCUGCGAAUAGUGUGGUGUGGCAGGGGUGUGCUGGAUGCCAAGGACGGCAUCUGUGGCAGGCACACAGAGGCCUCCAGGCCCACGCCAAGACGCUUACCCUGAAUGGCAGGCAACACGGAGUGAAGUGACGUCAGUGAACCCUGGGGCAGCAAAGACGAGCUGGGGAAGGCAAAACGCUGGCUCUUACUGCACAGUUCACAGCGGUUGAAGUCUGAACCGGGACGAGGGAGGCGACAUGGACCAGACACAAGCAGGACCGAUGAAGGAGACCUCUGCGAGGGCGACCAGGAUAAAACACACAGCAAUCUGGGUAAUAACUGGUGUUCGUCAGCUGUGACUGGGGGGAGCGACCACUUGUCAGGGGUGCCGUGGGGAGACAGCUGUGUGGGCAGACAGGUCCCUGGGACUCCGUGAGGAAAUCUUGUUUUAUAGAGCAACAAUUUAGCGUGAGGUGCUGCGUUUGGUGUUUUAGUAUCAGCGAUGAGUGUUGUACUGAGUCUGUGGAACAGCUAAUUCCACACUAACCACAUGAGGUACAGGGUACAGUAGCACCCCAACCUGUGUGGGCCUGGAGACCCCCAGUGGGUGCCUGAAAUCCUGGGUACUGCUGAACCCUGCAUCCACUGUGUUUUCUCCUACACACUUGUACCUAUCACAAAGUUCAUCCUAAAUCAAGCACAGUAAGACAGCAACAAAAAUAACUUACCAUAGGACUUAGUAACCUCAUCACAGGAUUUUUUCUUCCCUCAUUAAGUCAAGAAUUUUAAUUUUCCCUUGCACAGGAAGCAGUUGGUGGCUUCUCUUUGGCAAAUCCAAAGAGACAGCAUCAUAGCUUCACAGUUUGGACCAUAUUAAGCAAAAGAAGGGUUGCUUGGCCACAGCGCUGUGAGUCAGGCUGAUAACCCACAAGGCUACUGGUGAGCGAGUGGGUAGGGGGCAGGCACAGAGGGGAUGCUGGACAGAGGGAGGAGUCACCUCCUGGGCGGGAGUCCAUCAGCUACUAAGAACGGGGCGUGCAAUUUAAAACUUAUGAAUCAUUUCUUUCUGGAAUUUUCCAUUUAGUAUUUCAGACUAGGGCUGGCUACAGGUAGCACAUGGUGGAAGGUCAGACCGUGGGUGAGGACAGGCGACUGGCUUUGGGAGACCACGUGCUGAGAGGCAUCAGCAGCAGAGUCUCUCAGUUCUGGAGCCAGAGGUCCAAGAUGCUGGGGUGGGCACGGUUGGUUCCCAGUGAGGGCUGCAGGGCAGGAUCCACUCUAGGCCCCUCCCUCGGCUGUCCCUGUGUCCACUCCACCCCUCCUUUAUGUGUGUGUGCCCAAACGCCCCCUCCCUGGCAGGACACCAGUCCUGUGGGAUCCGGGUCCUCUCCAACAACUUCAGUUUGAUUACCCAUCUGUUACGGCCCCAUCCCCGCGGAAGGUCAUAUUCUGAGGUCCUGGGGAUUGGAAUUCAGUCCAUGGCCUGGGAGGGGACACAACCCAGCCCCUUGACGCUAGCCGGAGGCCACUUUUCCUUGCUCUUAGAAGAACAUCAGAACCUCCCGACAGGACACCCCACCCCCCACCCCACCCCCGGUGAACGGGCUGCCCGUCUCCUGCCAUGGCAGUUGCCGGCGCUCCUCCGAUGAGCUCAUUUGCCUGAAGUGGCCUCCCCGGCUCAGGGCCCCCUGCCACUCUGGUUCCUUCUCUUCCUCCAAAAUAAUCUGAAAUCCUCUGUGCCACGGCGUGGCAGAGCAGCUCCCUCUGCGGCCGUGUGUUCAUCUGUGCGGUGACCGCAUGUCCUUGGACCGUGGCUGUCACCUGCAGGGACAAAAACGUUCUGCACCCAAACUCCCCACAGGACCUAGAGUACGUUCUGAGGGAGGAGCAAGGUGGCCAGCCCAAGCGCACGUUCCUCCUGUGCACAGAGCACUCUGAUGCCUGCUUACCACUUCUCUGGGAAGCGGUGCUGAGACAGACACAACGUCAAGCCUGCCACUUUUGCCACUUCUACGUGCACAGUUCAGUCACAUGGGUGCCUCCCAUCACUGUGCAUCCGUCUGCGCCCCAUGGGACAUUCCUGUCGCCCCAUACUGACGCGCCGGACCCUUCAACAGCCUCCCCUCCCCCAUCACCAGGCCCUGUGAAUGUGAUGACUCUAGGGACCUCAAGGAAGUAGGAUCAUAGGGUACUUGUCCUUACGGGACUGACUUGCUUCCCUAAGCAUAAGGUCAUCAAGGUUCAUCCACAAUGAGGCAUCUAUCAAAAUACCCCCCCCCAUUUUUUUUAGAUUUGUAUUUGAAAGGCAGGGUGAUAGACAGAGGGAGACAUACACAAGAGAAAAAGAGAGAGGGAGAUAGAAAAAGGUCUUCUAUCUGCUGGUUCACUCCCCAAGUGGCUGUAACAGCUGGGGCUGGACCAGGCCAAAGUCAGGAGCCUGGAACGCCAUCCGGGUCUCCCACAUGGGUGCAGGGGCCCAAGCACUUGGGCCAUCUUCUGCUGCUUUCCCAGGCGCACCCGUGGGGAGCUGGAUGGGAAGUGGAGCAGCCAGGACACCAAUGACUGCAGCCAGGACUCUGAUCUGGGAUGCAGGCCACGCAGGUGGCGGCGCCAGCCCCGCCCCUUCCUGUCUAUCAGGGAAUGAUGUUGCACACAGUCCACGCUGUGUUGAUGCGUUCAUCCACUAGUGGGUUUUCAGGUCAUGGCCCUGUGUCGGCUCUCGCAGACACUGCUGCUAUGAACGUGGGGUACAAAUACCUGUCCACGUCCUAGCUUCCCAUUACUUUGCCCGCCAAGGAGCAGAAUUUCCGCUAUCAUUUUUUAAAGCGCCGACUGUGAUCCUUCGACGGCCUUCAGGAUCCCCUGCAGCUGGGAGCACGCUGACUGAUUCUAAGUGCUGUGUCCCCAGCCCCUCACAAGUGCCUGAGCACUGUGUGACCGUUUUUGAGGGAAUGGUGACCGAAACAAUAGAUGCACCAGGCCUCAGCUUCUGGGUGACUUUGUUUUAUUGCUUCUCCGCGAAGAAAGGCCACAGCGCUCCCAUUGGCCUUCCCUCUUUCUCACGCUGGACAGACGCUGCCCUGAAUGCCGCUGCACGCUGUGGCACAUUGUCCUGGAGAGGGUGCGUCAUUCACUACGACCACAGCCGUUCUGGGGCUUGGACCAUAAAUUAUCUCAAAACGACGUGGAGUAACAGCAGGUUAAAAUGUUUGGGCUCAAAAUCACACACUAUUAAUUAAGUUUUCAGGGAUACUUCUUGAAUUUUUUCCCCUAGUCUUUUUUUUUUAAUGUUGUGCAGGUUAUACCUAAUUGGCUGAACACAUACAUCCUUGUAAUUAUUCUAAAUUUUGCUUGUCUUAGAGUAAGAUUUUAGCAUGGUGUGAAAAGCAUAAGUGUUUAAUAUUCCGGGUUAAGAAUGUAAUAAUGAUCUUUGUCGUCUCAAAGCAAGUGGCGUGAGUUUUUGUUAUUUCACUCUAAAGGAAAUAAUCUAAGAAAAUCUCCAGCUCCACUUUGCACCUGACCUUCUAAACCUAUUACUGCUUUUCCAAUUCUGAAUUUUCCUUAUUCUCUUAAAGCACAGUGUGGCCAGCAGAUGUGAUACCUUUAACGUUACAACCAGGGGCUACAACUCUUAAAGAGAAUCAUCUUCCCAUCAUUUAUUCACGGUCAUCAUUUCUUUCUCAAGUUAAAAAAAUGCCACAGCUCGGCCGGUGCCGCAGCUCACUAGGCUAAUCCUCCGCUUGUGGCACCCCAGGUUCUAGUCCUGGUUGGGGCACUGGAUUCUGUCCCGGUUGCUCCUCUUCCAGUCCAGCUCUCUGCUGUGGCCCGGGAGGGCAGUGGAGGAUGGCCCAGGUCCUUGGGCCCAGCACCCGCAUGGGAGACCAGGAGGAAGCACUUGGCUCCUGGCUUUGGAUCGCGGUGGCCAUAGCGGCCACUUGGGGGGGGGGUGAACCAACGGAAAAAGGAAGACCUUUCUCUCUGUCUCUCUCUCUCUCUCUCACUGUCCAACUCUGCCUGUCAAAAAAUAAACAAACAAACAAACAAAAAAGCCACAGCUCAGCUUUUUAUGCCAACUCUCUGACAUAUCCUAUAAUAUGAAACUGCAGAGUGGAGGAGAGAGAGCCGACAGGUGGGAAGAUGGGAAAACAGAGACAGGCAAAGAGCAAGGGCCCCUGUGGCCCACAUCUCCCUUCCUCCAUGGCACCGUCCUGCACCUUAGCGAGGCAGAGGACCCCUCUGGGCCGGCCGAGGACCGAGACCCUUUUGCCAACCAUCUUCCGCCCCUGUUUCAUUUCCCUGCCAGAGUGCUCACACAAUGUUUGCACACGUGCCCUCCCCUUGGUGUCCACCAACCUGGUGUCCACCCUAGCCCUCACCACGAUGCCCCAGGUCACGGGGAGGGGGUACCUGUGCCACCAGCUAGAAGGGCCUGUUCUGCUGCUUACCCUGGGAAAUGUACUCCCAGCUAACAGACCCAUCCUCCGCCCAUCACACUGCCCAGGAACGUCCUUGCUAAGGCCCCGCCCAGCUCCUGCCUGGCUUCCACUUUCCCCCUAUUACAUCUGCACCUCCCAAGUCCCAGCUCCCAAGUCCCAUGGCCUCGGGGGGCUUUGCUGCCCUGGCUGGACCUUCCAGUCUUUCCAGGUGGACAGUCCUAGAGCAGUCCCCCCGUCAGUGUCGGGGCCUCUGUGCCUCGCUUCCCCCUGCGCUGUGGACCCCGGGGCUGCUGGGGCAGCAGGCCCUGCCCCAGCUCAGCUCCCUACCCUGCCCUCAUCAGCAUGCGCCUGCCUGUGUGGGAAGCUGCAUGGGAGCCUCCAUCUCCAGCAGGGUCUGGUCCAGGGUUCCUUCCCCAGGCCCUUCCAUGGCUUCCGCAACAGGCGCCUUCCACUCACGUCCGGCGGGCCCUGUGGCCGGCUGCCCCUGCUGCUUCUUCCUGGGCUGUCACUGGCUUUUCCCUCCCCACUGCUCUGUCCCUGUCAAACUAACAGCACCUGGGGUCCCCCAGCCUCCACCCAUAGAGCAUUUUCCCCAUUCUCGAUGCUGUGCUGGGCCUGGGCCACAGGCACAGGUACAGGGUCUUAGCUUCUGCCGUCUGCCCAAGGCACCAACCUGUCUCAUCAACCCCGAUCUAGCCACAGGGCCCGCCCACCGCUGUCACGGCUGGGGUCUGAACCCCUACUUGUCCCACCCACUGGGUCCCACUUGGCUCACGGGGCUGGACGCUGACUGCCGAGCAGUGAGAUUCCUCUCCGUGCCCCCUCCUCCCCGUCUGGGGUCUGCCUUGGAUGUCGGAGCCGCUGCAAGCUCGCGAACGGGCGCCCCCUCCUCUCUGGUCACUUGCCCCGGGCGCUUGGUGCCUGCCCCGCGCCGCACUCCCGCGGGCACUGGAGCUGCCUCACCCCCCACCCCCGGGGUGGGGGCAGGGCCUGGCCGCGUCCGACGCGCGUGGGGAACCGCGCACGCAGGGUCCUGCGGCUGCGCGCGGGAGGGGCCCCGGCCUCGCCCCUCUGUCCCCGAGGGCCGCCCGCGGCCUUCCGCAGUCCCGGGGCCGGCUGGCCGCGCGACAAGGCGGGGCCGGGCCCAGGGGCGGCGCCCCGCAGCAUCCCAGGCGUCCGAGCCGGGGCCGGGGCGAGGCCGCGCGGCGCUGCGCGGGCGCCCGGAGGCCAGGCCCGGCCCGCGCCGUCCCCGCGGUCCCCGCCCCGCCACGUCCCCCUCCCCGGCCCGGCCCCCGCGGCCGCCCCCUCGCGGGCAGAGCGGGCGCUGGGCCGGCGGCGGGCCCGGGGUUGCCGUGGUAACCGGCAGCAGCCGCCGCCACAGCGGGGCCGGCCCCAGCGCCAGCGCCGGCCGCGGCUCGGGCUCGGGCGCAGUGUGUGGGUGAGCGGCGGCGCGGCCGGCCGGCCUCAGCAUGGAGGACGGGUUCUCGAGCUACAGCAGCCUGUACGACACGUCCUCGCUGCUCCAGUUCUGCAACGAUGUCCCACUUGGCUGGAGGGUGGCUAAGGAAAGGAAAACAGCAUGUUUGCUUCUGGUGUGGCCGCUCGUCUGUGACAGAGAAGCCUUCCCCGUGGGCCACGCUGGAAACUGUGCCUGAAAGCUCGGCUCCCACCAGCGAGGACAGCUCUUCCUGGGCUGAACCUGAGUGUCCUUGUGCACCUGGAAAAUUCUCCCUGGGAAAGAUGGUUAUCAUGUGUCUUUAAAAUCCUCCCUUAUUAAUAGAGGAUUUUUAAUAUUAGCAAAAUGCUUUUGGUGCCUGCAGAAACACUGGUAAUAAAAAGUUAGGCACGGGCGUGUGCUGGGAGCUGUCAGUGAUCUGUGAUUGUUGCUGAUGCAACCGUGCCGCCAUCCCGGCUGCCAGUGCUUCCCGCUGCGUGUUUGACUCAGACUGGAGUUUUCCGCAGAAAGCAGCACGUUUGUCUUGUUUUUGUUUUUGUUUGUUGUUAACACAUUUUAUAAAUAUCCCAGAAAACACUUAGAGGAAAGCCUUCCUGUAAGUUCUUUUUAAAAACAUUUAUUUAUUUAUUUGAAAGGCAGGGUUACAGAGAGGGAGAGGCAGAGGCAGAGGCAGAGAGAGAGAGAGCGAGAGCGAGAGAGAGAGGUCUUUCAUCUGCUGGUUUGCUCCCCAAAUGGCUGAAAUGGUUGGGACUGGGCAGAUCCGAAGUCAGGAGCCAGAUUCUUCUGGGUCUCCCAUGUGGGUGCAGGACUCAAGGACUUGGGCCACCUUCUGCUGAUUUCCCAGGCACAUUAGCAAGGAGAUGGAUUGGAAGUGGAGCAUCCAGGACACGAACCGGUACCCAUAUGGGGUGCUGGUGUUGCAGACAGCGGUUUAACCCGCUAUGCCCCAGCACAUUUGUUUUAACGUGGAUCCGGGCUGGCACUGCCCCGGGUGUCAGUAGGAGCGACAACGUCGCCUCUUCAGUUUACUGUACAGAAAAAGUCCUUUAGCAGAGCUUUUCUGUCUUGCAAGAGGCCUUGGAGUCCUUUUGGCAAAUGACCGGUUUCUAGGGGACCCCUACAGUGUGCGCAGGACUGUGAUAGGUUGAGAGCGAGCCCCCCUGGCUGGGAACCUUAGAUUUCCUGGCCACCGUGUUAGGCUGUCCUUUCCUCGCCUCACAUCUCUGCUGGCCCAGUGAUCCGAUUGAAGCGGUCUGAUUGGCACAGUUGGGUUGUCUGUCCCUCAGCCAUGCCUGUCCAGGGUCAGGUUUGGCUUGAACAUCAGCCCCAGCCGAUUAUUCCGCCUCCAGCCCCAGACCCCUUCAGUCCCUUCCUUUGCACGCUGAGUGAGCACUGGAGUGAGAGUCCCCUAUUGCUCGUGGCCGCGCUGCUCCGGGGGUCUCAGCCACAUGCAGAUCAGUGGGGGCUAGUCUCCAGGAAUCCCACUUUGCCUCCAGGGAGCCAGGCGUCACCAUUGUCACCGUCACUUGAUGACAGCAUAAGGGACAGUGGUAGGAACUGCAGGUGCAGCGUGUGCCCUUUGUCCACCAUUUCCUGGGCAGGUGGCAUCUACAGUCUACAGGAUGCUGGCACACGAGGUGAGGGCCAGGAAGGGCAUUCCACACCUGGGCAGCUCCAAGGAAGCCUAGAGGCGGGAGGAAGAUUUUGGGAAUGGAAAGAGGGUGUGUGGGACAGAAAAGAGUGACCUGUGUGAGACUGGGAGAGAUACGGGGCCAUGAUAAGGAGGGGAGGGUGCGGGGGGAGAUUGAGGCAAGGGAGGGAUUUGGUCAGAUUUUCAGAGCAGUGGUGGUUCAUGCCUGUGGUGGGUGCAGGGGUACCAUCCCCUGGACGUGGGUUAGGACGGGGAGAGGAAGUGAUGGGCGUGCUCUGGGCGUGUCGGGAGUGCGGGACCUGUGGGCAUUUGAGCUGAGGUGCUGAGCAGGCAGCAGGUGCAGGGAGACGUCCGGACAGGAGCUGACAAACGAGGGGCUGUCAGCAGCUGGAUAGGAAUUGAGUCCACGGCCUCAGCUGCGGAGAAAUGAGACGUGGAAGGUGGCUCCUGGAGACAGUGGUCACAGCAGCCUCCUGGUUCAAAGCCUUCAGCCCCUCCUCCUCCUUCUUGGCACCCAAGACCCCUCAGGGAGUGACCGCGCCUGGGGCACCCUGCUGACCUCCCUGACCCUGGCUCCACAGUGGGCUGGGAUGCCAUUCCCUUCCAGGCAGGGUUUCCCGGUGGCCAUCUUUGCUCCUCUUGCUCUCAGCAACACCUCGCGCGUGCCAGGUUUUGGGGUGAACGUCGCCUGGAUUGCCCCGGGCCAUCUUGUUACUCUUUUAGCAGCUCCUCGCAUACACACCUGGUGCGAUGCCUCUUGUGCAACGGGUGUCACUAAAUAGUGUCAGAGCAAGAACGCGCACGCCGCUUCCUUCUAAACUUGAAACAAUAUGUAUUUACGCAGUGUGUAUCACACGUGUACUCUGCUUAUCUACCUGUGCGUCUACACGCCUGUCCCAGAUGCGUGCUUAUGACUUGUAACCCUCCCACUCACCAAAGAGCCAGUAGACUUGGGCAUUCAGACAACAGGACAUUUCAGAUGAGGAAGCCUUCUUGGAACAAUCCAGAAGCAUAUGGAUGCAGGAGAGGGAGAUUGGGCUGACAGGAAGUGGAAACUGGUCUGUAUCUUUGUUACAGAUGCCUCUGGCUGGACACCGCUCACUUGAAUCAGUGAGGAAAAAUAUUUGCAGGAGCUGGUGCUGUGGCAUAGUGGGUAAAGCUGCCACCUACAGUGCCAGCAUCCCAUAAGGGUGCUAGUUUGAGACCCAGUUGCUCCACUCCUGAUCCAGUUCUCUGCUGUGGCCUGGGAGAGCAGUAGAAGGUGGCCCAUGUCCUUGGGUCCCUGCACCCACAUAGGGGACGUGGAGGAAGCUCCUAGCUCCUGGUUUUGGAUGGACCCAGCUCUGGCCAUUGCAGACAUUUGGGAAGUGAACCAGCGGAUGGAAGACCUCUCUCUCUCUGCCUCUGCCUCUCUGUAACUCUGCCUUUCAAAUAAAUAAAUAAAUAUCUUUUUUUAAAAAGAAACAUUUGCAAAAAAGUAUUUGGUUGCUUAACAGGCUUGAAACAAAUUAUUUUGAGCCCAAGUAAUAGAUACAAUGAAGUAGUGCUUGGGGAAACCAGCAUUUUUUUAAGAUUAUUUAUUUAGUUGAAAGGCAGAGUUACAGAGUGAGAAGGAGAGACAGAGGUCUUGCAUUCACUGGUUUACUCCCCAAAUGGCCACCAUGGCUGGCGCUGGGCCAGGCUGAAGCCAAGAGCCAGGAGCUUCAUCUGAGUUUCCCAAGUGGAUGCAGGGGCCCAAGGACUUGGGCCAUCUUCCACUGCUUUCCCAGGUGCAUUAGCGGGGAGCUGGAUUGGAAGUGGAGCAGCCGGGACUCCAACCAGCACCCAUAUGGGAUGCUGGCCCUGCAGGCAGCAGCCCAACAUGCUGCACCACAGACCAGCCCCCAAACCAGCAUUUUUUGCAAUAUUUGUUUUUUAUUUAUUUUCAUCUGCUUGAAAGGCAGAGCAACAGGGAGA